AUGGCACGAUCUCUAUUAUUGGGCUGGAUGUUGUUUGCCGUGGUGGCGCAUCACAUGUCGAACGAUCAACAAAACUUGAAGAAAUUGCACCAGCGAUGGUUGGCAGCGUCGUCGUCGUCAACCGAAGACGGCUGCGUCUUGGCAGAAGAGUGCAAACUGUGCGAUGCCGCGUUACGAUCCGAGAUUACCGAGUGUCGGGAAACGGGUCGCGUCGAAAUUUGGAAAUGCUCCAACGAUGCCGGACUCCCAACAACAACAACGAUAGCAACUACUAGUACAACUACUACUAGUGUGUCUGCCAGUGUGGGAGUAGGUCCUCUCUAUCGUUCGUGCUUGAGAACCAAGUCGGAUGAAGAAUUCCUCAUGGUGCGCCUCCAAGUGAUUUGGGUGGUGUUGGGCACGGCCGCCUUUGUUCUGAGUAGAAAACAAAAAUCACUCUCGGCCAGUCUCUUUGAUCAACGCAAAUUGGCGAGUCAACAAGCACAAGCACAACAGCAACAACAAUCUACUACUAGCACGCCUGGACAGAAGAAACGAAGAACCAGUGCCUACAAUACAUCAUCAUCCGCAUUGACACACGAAAAUAAUAUUGAAAUGACCAAAAUCGAACAGCAAGAAACCAUGCCACUUACCAUGGAUGCCGUGGAUGUAGUCUGA